CAAGAUCGUUUAUAUUUUGUAUGAAAAAUUUUGAGAUAUAAUUGACAAGAUUCUAUUCUUAUAUGAAUAAUUUAAAUGUUUUAAAAAUACAUAAUUAACAGACACAUCGGCUAAGUUAAUUCAAAUAUUGCAAAUAUUCUGCAUGUUUUUUCUUCUUUUGCUGCGCAGUUGGUAUGAACGCAUCUGCGCUUUGGCAACAGUGGUUGUUAGGCAUCGCGCGUCCGUCGAACAAACGAUCAGCAGUGUGCGGCAGCAACGGUAGUGCAUUAACAAAGUGUCAAACUGUUAUAUAGUAAGUACAUCGACGAUGCAGUGAAAAUUCCUACAGAAUCGUCCGGUUUAGAUCUUCGUGCUGCGUGCAAUAGGAAAAUCUCUGGAAACCUGAAGUUCUUUCAUUCAGCUGUGUCCAAGUAACACUUAACCUCUUGUUUAAUUGGGCGCGAAUUGGAUUCCACUGAUAAAUGCCAAGCGUCAAGGAUGAAUCGGAAGGUGAAGGGGAGGAGAUGUCUCACGACAGUAACGACAGUAACCAGAGUUCUGCGUCAUGUGACAGCAGCGCAGAACACACCGACAGUGAUGACUCGUCAGAGAUGGAUGAGGAUGAAUGCGAGAGGAGACGCAAUGAAUGUAUGGACAAUCUGCUGGAUUUGGAAAGACAGUUUACUUUACUUAAGGAACAAUUAUAUCGAGAAAGAAUCACACAAGUGGACACAAAGCUUGGGGAAGUUCGUGUUGGAAAAUCCGAAGAAUACCUAAUACCACUGGAGCGACUAAAGGAAAAUAUGAAAACGAAAACGGAAGUAGCUGGAAUAUUGAGGCAAUAUAGACUGCAAAAUAUUGAGAAUAAAUUCAAAGCGGAAGAGUUGGCCGCCUAUCAAAAUUUGGAAAGUGAGAAAGGGUUAGUCUGGGAUUGUAUUCAUAAUGAUCUACAAGAAAAGAUUAGACGUUUGGAGGAAGAUAGGAAUAACGUGGACAUACACGCGGAUUUGUGGCUUAAUUCGACCGGUAGAAGACGCAGGAAUCAUUCAGAGAGAAGACGAGCGGUUUCCGUUGCAGGUCCUUACAUCGUUUACAUGCUCAACGACGCAGACAUAUUGGAAGAUUGGGCGUUAAUAAAAAAAAGUCUAGGUAGCCGAAAAGCGGAAAUAAUGUAAAUUAUAUUUUGAGUGCAUUGAAGAACUGUCGUAAACAUUUUCUCACACGUCCAUCUUUAAUAUGAAUAAGAAAUGUUCAACCGGAAAUGGUUUAAAACUAGACAAGCAACUGGCAUCUAUUGAGCAUCUGAUAUCUGUACAGUGUGCCUUGAUAUAAAAAUAAGAGUAAUUAUUUACUAGUUUAAAUAAUUACCAAAUUAAAAUAUAUUCGCCAAGAGACGUACUUCUACGGUACACUAGUGCAGGAACAUUAUGUACAUAUGACUGUGUUGUCAAAAAAGAUAAAUUUAUAAUUUGGAAAAAGGGCAAAUAUCUAAUAUCUAUUGUCUGUACUACUUUCAUCUAAUAAGAAAGUUUAUAAUAUGAAUCAGAUUAUGUUAAUUUAUAGUGUAAAAAAUAAUUAAUUUUUAUAUUUGAUAUAUGUAAUAAUUGUCUUUGUUCCUUUACUUUUCUUUAUUUUUCUGCAGUUUUAUUAUGUCUCUUUUGUAUUAUUUUAUCUUCCUAACAUCAUGAAGAAAUGAGAAUAUAAACAUAAAUUUUCUAUCUUUUUAUACUCUUCUACAUCUAAAUGUAUAUCUAUGCCUCUUUCUUGUCAUCUUCUUAAUGAAGUACUAAAACACUUCCAACUCGCAACCAUUGGAAAAUAAUAAUUCCACAAUUUUCUCCAUGCAUCGUCAUGGUCUAGUCGACAAAAUAAACAUCUUAAUUUAAUGAUUAGUACUUGGAAUGAACAACUUGAACAUGUAGUUGUUGAAAAUUAAUUGUCAUUACCAAAAUGUUGUAUUAUAGUAAACCAUUAGAACUUUAUGUAAAGACAUUUAAGCGUACUUCCAUUUAUUCAAAAGCGAAUGUGUAAAGAAGAGUUGUAUAAAUAUAUUUUAUUAUUAUACUGUUUAAAUAUAUCUUAUAUUUCAAUUUAAUACGUGACGAAGGACCGCGUAGUCCGAAAAAUUUUUGUGUGACGUAAUCAGUAGCGUGAUACAAUGACUAGCAAUGAGAAGAAAAGCGAAAGAACUCUGUAUUAUAAAUAAAGUGCGUUUUAAUUUUUUUACAGUACA